CGAUAUAGAGCUGAUUAGAUUAGCCUGGAAGCUUUCGCGGCUUCUCUGAGAUGCCAGACUAGCGUGCAUUCACGUGCCUCGUCCACUCGUGUUGGAAGUGACGUCCCUUCUUAGCCCUUAUAAGUUUGGCAAGCGGGAGGGUCGCGCGUCAUUCCUCGGCUGGACAGGCGGGAAGAACUACAGUCAUUCUUUUACACAAUUCUGCCUGAAGCCAUUGAAAAUCAGAAAAGAUUUGAGCAUUUAGCUGGAAAAUAGGUUGCAAAAUGGAGAUGCGCAUGGAAUACUUGACUUUGUGGUUCUGCUUACUAAAUGUAUUUCUAAUGGUUUGGAACCAUAACAUGACUGAAGGAUCCCCAGCUAUUUUGGGCCACCCAUUCAUCUCAGUCUGGAAUGCACCAACUCAAAUAUGCCAAGAAAAAUAUGGAAUAUCGCUUGACUUGAGAAUUAUUGAUAUAAUCGUCAAUCCAAAUGAUUCAUUUAUAGGGAAAGACAUUACUCUCUUCUAUAGUAAUAAAUUUGGAUACUAUCCAUAUUACACUAAGGAUGGUGUUGCCAUCUAUGGCGGUCUCCCUCAAAAUGCUAGCCUAAAGGCUCAUCUCCAGAAGAUUGAACAAGACAUUGAUAAUACCAUUUUGGAUGUUGGCUUCAGAGGUCUGGCAGUGGUGGACUGGGAACACUGGCGUCCCUUGUGGAUUCGGAACUGGGGUUCUAUGAAAAUUUAUCAAUAUAAAUCCAUACAGUUAGUUAAAGAGCAGCAUCCUGAUUGGCCUGCUGACAAAGUUGUCAAAGCAGCCCAGUUAGAAUUUCAACAAUCUGCUUGGGCGUUUAUGAGACAGACGUUGGCCCGUAGUGAAACCCUGAGACCGAAGGGCUUCUGGGGCUUUUACGGUUUCCCCAAUUGCUAUAACAAUCAGUACCAAUACGCCAAUUAUACUGGAGAAUGUCCCGAGAUUGAGAAACAGAGGAACAACAAAUUGUACUGGCUCUGGAAACAAAGCCGGGCUCUCUAUCCCAGCAUUUACCUCCCCCAAAUUCUCAGACUGACUCACAAAACUCUUGAAUUUGCUCGUCAUCGAAUCCAGGAGGCCUUCAGGGUUGCGAAGUGGACACAGAAUGACAUCCCUGUCUUACCUUAUACUACCAUUGUGUAUGAGUUUACUCAUAACUUCCUCACACAGGAAGACCUGGUCCACACCAUUGGUGAGAGUGCUUCUCAAGGUGCUGCUGGAGUUAUCUUGUGGGGUAGUUCAAAUUUCAGUAGAUCUCGGGAAGCCUGCCUUGAAGUGAAGAAGUAUGUGGACACGCUCCUUGGCCCAUACAUUAUGAAUGUGACCAGUAGUUCUAAGCUUUGUAGUAGAAUACUCUGCUCAAAGAAUGGCCGCUGUGUGCGGCGGGAGAAUCACCCAGAAGCCUUCCUGCAUCUCAAUUCUGCCAGUUUCACUAUUAGGAAGCAUAAUGUCACCCCUGGCUUUAUUUUGAUUGGCCAGAUGUCAGUGAAAGAUCAAAUCAAGAUGGCCCAAGAAUUCACAUGUCAAUGCUACGAUGGCUGGAAAGGAUUGCAUUGUGAGAAGAAGUCAAUCCACAAUGAGGUAUUCAAUUCCCACUUUCAUGAUAUAUAAUACAUGUCAACAAGAAAAACACAACCUGCAGAAUUAGUCUAUAAACAAUUAAUGCCUGAUCAAUAUCUGAUUACUUUAAUAUUUGAGAGACUAUAGGCUACAUUACAGUCAGCCAACUGGUUCAGAAUUCUGGCGGCUGUUGUCCCAUCAUCUAUGAAAAGCAGAAGUGGCUGAAAAUUGGGCUUCAUCUUUUUGCAAUAAUACGCAAAGGCAUCUGCAAACAGUUCCCCCCCUCUUCUUCUAUCGAUUGCAAGCAAAAAAUCUUUCUAGAAAUGGUUUUCUGCAGUCUCUUUGCUUCUAAUACAGUUUUGCCUUGCAGCAUAAAAAAGCUGGCAUGGUUUUUCUCUUGAUCAUGAUAUGAAUACUGCAUUGACAACAAAUGUGCUUUUCUUAUGAAUAUAUUAAAUUUGCUUUCAUUGCCAUCUGAAGAGGUAACAUCAGUUCAGUGUCAUCCUUGUGAUGACAUGUUGAUGCAUGCAGAGGGACUCAUGCUCGGGAGAAAAGACACACUUCCAUUUCUUUGGGAAACCCAGAGUUUAUUCUUAUAGUUGUCUGAUGAGGGUUUUGAAGGAAGACACCUCUGUCACCCAGCAAUUGCCUUUAAAAUAAGUGCAAAUACUUCGGCACACUAUUGUUGCGUUGGUGAUUUUCUAAGGUUAUUAAAUGACUAUUUUUAUGUAAAGACUUUGUGAUUCAAGUAAAAGGCCUAAUCGGUUAUCAGAUUUCUGUAAUUGAACUGCAUGCAGGUAUAUCUGCUGAGGCUACCUCCAGUUAGAUUAUACCUCAUCUCAAUUUUUGGUGUGUUACAUUAUUCUGCUACAGCUUAGACACUGACUUUGAGAAGAGGCAAUACUGGCAUGUUAC